AUGAGUGAAACAAACUCAUCAAACAUACUUGCUAUUAUUGUGAAUUUGGUUGGUGCAUCGUGUGGGGCUCACACGCUAUGUAUCUUUAUUGCUUUGCUCACCAGCUUAAGUUCGCAGUUGUAUCUGUGGCACGUAGGAAUUGUAUGCUUGAACUUACUUGCUAUUAUUGUGAAUUUGGUUGGUACAUCAUGUAAGCGCGUAUAUGCUCUUCGAGUAAGUUAUCAUUCUAAUAUUCUGGAGAAGCUUAAUAUUGGGGAACUUUCUAGUGGAAGUGGUAAGUUUCAAGAAAUGAGUUUGGCACACCCAGGUGAUAUUAGGUGGGGCUCACACGCUAUGUAUGUUCAUUGUUUUGCUCACCAAUUUCAGUUGGCAGUUGAAUCUAUAGCACGUAGGAAUUGUAUGCUUGGUGAUUUUUUCAACAUACUUGAUAUUAUUGUGAAUUUAGUUGGUGCAUCGUGUAAGAGUGUAGAUGUUCUCCAAGCAAUUUAUCAUUCUAAUAUUCUGGAGAAGCUUAAUAUUGGAGAACUUUCUAGGGGAAGUGGUCAGUUUCAAGAAAUGAGCUUGGCAUGCCCAGGUGGUACUAGGUGGGGCUCACACGCUAUGUAUGUUUAUUGCUUUGCUCACCAGCUUCAAUUCGCAGUUGUAUCUGUGGCACGUGGGAAUUAUGCUCUUCGAGCAAGUUAUCAUUCUAGUACUCUGGAGAAGCUUAAUAUUGGGGAUCUUUCUGGUGGAAGUGGUCAGUUUCAAGAAAUGAGUUUGGCACACCCAAAUGAUACUAGAUGGGGCUCACAUGCUAUGAAUUGUAUGCUUGAUGAUUUUUUCAACAUACUUGCUAUUAUUGUGAAUUUGGUUGGUACAUUAUGUAAGCGUGUAGAUGCUCUGCAAGCAAGUUAUCGUUCUAAUAUUCUAGGGAAGUUUAAUAUUGGGGAACUUUCUGGUGGAAAUAGUCGUUUCAAGAAAUGUGUUCACCACGUUCAGAACUCGAGAGACAAUGGUUGGGAUACUUUAUUGAGUAGGGUGAUUGAGUUUCGUGUUGAUAGACAUAUUUUAGUGCCCGAAAUGGAGGAUAUUGUAGUUGUGAAAGAGUUGAUUGAUCGUUUUUCAGAAACAAUUACUGAGCUCUUUACUUGCAUUUCAAGUCCAAGAGACUCAUUUGCAGCUUUUGAUAAGGAUAAAUUGCUGCGUCUUGCUCAGUUCUAUCCUUUGGACUUCAAUAGUGAAGAGUUUUUAUUACUUAGACCUCAACUUGAUAAGUUUCUUAUGCUUGUGAGAAUGGACAAAGCUUUCUUUAAUCUUAAUAGUAUAUCUUGUGUAGCUCAGAAGUUGGUUGAAACUAGAAGUUUCUAUUAUUUUCCAUUGGUUUAUAGGCUGCUAUGA